GGCGGAGAAAGAAGCAAAAAGAGAACAGAAAGAAAACAGACAACAGAUUCAGAUUCAAACUAAGAAAGCAACAGGAGGAAAGAUUUCACAGUGAUGGGCUUCUACCAAACUGCAGCGCUUCUCUGCUUUCUUUUUGUUGCUGUUUGGACACAGGGCACAGUGUUACCAGGGCUAGAAAAUGGGGAAACAGCAGGUAUAGAAAAUGGGGAAACAGCAGACUGCAGAGAGGAAAUGUACCCGUGUACGAGGAUGUACUCUGUCCAUCAGCCAAUGAAGACAUGCUUCAAAUCAAUGUGCAUUUCCAAUCUUCGACGUGUCUACGUGAUUAACAAUGAAAUCUGUGUGAGGACCGUGUGUCAGCAGGAAGAGAUCCUAAAAGCGGAACUAUGCAGAGAGAAGUCUGGGUGGCCAAAACGACUUCAGAGGUCAACCAGAAAGCGCUGCCAGCCUAAAAAGUGAUCCAGAGAUUAAAAAAAAAAAAAAAAAAAAAAAAAAACUGGAUCGAAGGACUUUUUAAUGAAAUUUAUU